CACUAAUGGCAACGUCCCCUUUAUUUUUAUAUUAUAGCACACCAGCGAGUGUAAUCCCACCUGUAUAAUACCGCAUAUCCUGAAUCAUGUUCUCUUCAUUUUCCUCGUCAAGCGACAUGCAAAGCAUCGGCGAUAGCUUUGCCAGCAUGAUGGGCCAGCUUGCCCAGCAGGACCACACUUUCGAAGACAAGUGGGGAUUCGUCGUUUCAGAGAGCUGGGUUGUACUCUUGCAAUCGCUUGCCAUCGUAUCCUUGCUUUCAUCUAUAGUCGUGUUGAUAUUCAUGGGCUACUUUAUCGUUUCCUACCGCAAGUACCUGAAGCGGUUCUCGUUGCAGGUAUCUGGAUAUGUGGCGCUAGCAGAUAUGAUAAACUCGAUUCUGCAAAUAGUUAUGCUGCAGAACAGCAUAAUGACGAAGCUAUCCGCACACGGACUACGGUUCAUCCUCUGGCUGACCAUGUUCAGCACUCUGCUGUUUGUGUUCCUCACAUUUGCUAUUUCCUUGCAGCUGCAUCUGAGUACACUGACCCAGGUGCGUGUUCGUGUGUACAUGCGCCUCGAGAAAUUCUAUGUUCCGAUAUGCGUGGCUUUAGCAACCGUGCUACCGGCUAUUGUCGUGGGCCAGACCAAGGGGAUGUAUUGGGAGUCCAGCAUGCACUCGUUUGCGUGGCCGGCGCCGACAUGGAAGCGGAGGCUACUCCUGUGGGCGUGCAACUACGCAUGGCUUGUCGUUACCAUUGUGUACUGCACAGGCAUUACGCUGUGUCUUGGUCUGCGUGUCCUGUCCAUGUGGCGCAACUCUGUCGAAGUGACACUGGCUCCGCGCCCGCCCGAAAAGUGGGACUGGGGCACGAUAACCCAAGCCGGACGGGAAGACAUGGAAACCAUCGCUGAGACUAGCACCCUGCGUACCACCCGGUCAAUGGGCACGCUAAACAUCGGCGAAAGCACCUCUGACCUGGCCUCACUCAAUUUGCCUGCUGAGCCGCCCCACUCCGCAGCCAGUAACAUGACGUUCAUUGAGACCAAGGGCCGCAGGGUGCAGCGGUCGGAAAACGUCGGCUACCUUUUGCCUGUAUGCAGCAGCCCGCAGGCCGGCAAGCAGCGUGUGCAGGCCGUGCGCUCGUUUGUUGACAAGAAGCGGUUCCUGAAAUCUAUCCAGCGCCUGGCAUGCUAUCCAUUGGUGCCGAUUAUCACGCAACUGGGCGUCGUGGCCAUGAACAUCGCGCCCGAGCCGUCGAAAGGGCUGUACAUUUACGGUACGCUGAUGGCGACGACCAGCGGGUUCCUGAACUUUUUGGUGUUCACGCUCAAUCCCGCGCUGUCUGACAUUUGGAAAGAAUCGGCAGCCAAGGAUAAGGCAGCACAGACGUAGUGUAUUGCGAAUAUAUUG